AAUUGCAUAAACGACGCUGCCAUGCGCACGACGAGCUAUUUUGCAAUCAAUUGAAAUUUUCUCGAUACGGCCGCUGCUCCUGAGACGAAGCAUUGCAGGCCUUAACAAUUGUUACACGCGUUCGGAGGUUCAGGAUUGUCAAAACACGAGCGGCAAGAAAAGGGAAUAGUGGGGCAAGAAGUCGCACACGUCACCGUCACCAUCCGAUGUCAACAAUAGAGCUGAAACAAAUAGGGACUUGUUGUCGAUAGGUUAUGAGGAAUAACGCUCUUGAGCGUGAUUUGAAAACUUGUUGUAUUUAUUAGAGAAGCAAUACGAUGAGCGAAGUCAGUGAUCCAAGUGACACCGAGAUGUCCGAUAAACAGGACGACAAGGAUCCGGACUUCAACGUGGAGGAUUAUUGUCGUGAAAUCGACAGCGAAGAUUCCUUCGCCGAAUCGCUGGACAACAAUAUUAACGUAAAGGAAAAUAAUCCACAAGAUGGCAAAGAUGCAGGCCCAGUAAUUUCCGGACACAGAUUUGACAAGAAACUAAUAUGUAUUAAAUAUCCAGGAAAUGUAGUCAACGUCGAUAAAGCUAUUGCAACGUUGGGUGGCAUUAGUGCCAUUUCUAUGACUGUAGACGUUCCUAACAGAAGAUUAGAACUGCGGUUCAGACCUGACGACGGUUACAGCAAGCCUACUUGCGGGGAUAGACAUAGUACAAACGGUUUCUUGCUUAGAGUUAGAGUAAAAAAGAAUAAGGUAACACAAGUCAAAAGUGCUACGGUGGAGCUUGUAAAACCAACAUCUAUGGACAUUACAAACUCGGAAGCUACUACUUCUCGCAUUAGUAAAGAUCCUCAUACAUCCCAUUCAGACAAUGAACAGAUUAAUGCAACAUUUAAUGUCACAAGAGAAAGAGACAAUUAUGAUAGCGAUAUUAGUGUCGAUAAUUUGACCAUCCAGGAAGAAGACCGUGAUCUUGACUCUACGCAUUGUAGCGAAGAAGCAGCUGAGAAAAAAUAUACCGUAGAUAACGAUGAUAAAAACUUGUGUGAUCCAUACGUAGACAAGAAUCUAUCGAGAAAUAAAAAUAACACAUUUGCUUUCGACAACAAUAAGUAUGAAAAUUUAUCUCAAGAGACAGACUAUGAAGUACCAAACUUGAAAAUAUUGGGAAGAAUAGAGACUGAAUUCAAAUUUACCAAUUUAUGUGAUUUUCAAUACUUACCAAUGACACAGAACAAGUCGAAUCCAAAGAAAUUGGAAUGCAUAUACAGCUCGAUUUAUCCAACGGGCAUUCCGCUUUACUCUUGGUUAAAAAACGAUGUACCUUACUUCCUACCACCAGCUGUCUUCAGCAGAAUGGACACUAUACAACAAUAUAUACCGAAAACCGAAAUAGAUUCAAAUCCGGAGAAUGUAAUUGGUAAAAACAAAAAAUCUCAAUCAGGCUUUCCCAAUUACAUAUACUUUUCCACGUCUGAAGUACCCGCCGCGGCGCCGAAAGGCAUUGAGUCUGCUAUGAGGGUGAAGUUUCUUCAAAACACGCACUUGGAGCAAGUACGCCAGCUCUUCGAGGAGCGUCCAAUUUGGUCAAGAAACGCCAUUAUGUACAAGACACAAUUUACAUCCGAACAGUUGAAAAUAUUAUUGCCAUCUGUAGCAUAUUAUUUUAUGACUGGACCGUGGAGAAUUAUGUGGGUGAAAUUGGGCUACGAUCCAAGAAAGGAUAUUAAUGCAAGAAAAUAUCAGACACUGGAUUAUAGAUUAAAAGCUAUGCAUGGAUUAGGUUCAACUGUCAGAUGUAAAAGAAAUUAUUCAAAUUAUACGUUACCCUAUAAAUCAGCGCCAGUUUCCAAACAGAAACCUGCAGUACUUACUGCCACGUUGAGUCAGAAGCAAAAUUUGAAGAAAGAGCGGCAUUUAUAUGAGAAUGUGUACAUAUACCAGGAAGGUAUGGUACCUCCUUCCCGACAAAUGUUUUAUCAGUAUUGCGACGUCAUGGUAGGAGAAAUACAGGAAAUGCUAGCAAAACUUCCUGAUUCUUUACCUGAUGCAAAAUGUCACGAGAAGAGAGGAUGGCUACCAACUGGUUUUGAUGUACAGUGCAGAGAAAUUUUAAAUAAACAAGUGCGGGCUGUUUUGAGAAAGAGGAUGAACAUUCCUGAGGACCAUCCAACGUCGCUUCCACGGAAACGAAAACGUGGAAUGAAAUUAAAAUAUAAUAAACUGAUUAAUAAAAGAACACAACAAUAAAGAAUACAACAAAUUCUACAGAAAUUCAGGCAAAUGUUACUUCUACUUCAAAAUUAAAGGAACAAGAUUAAUAUUGAAGAUUGCAGAGCUCGAAUCCAAGUGAUGAAAAUUAUAAUUAUGUAAAAUAAGAAAUUUUGAUUACAUAUUUGCAAUCAAGUUUCUGUUUGCUUCUGUGAAAAUAUUAAAAUGUAACAUUCUAAUACUUAACAUUUGUUCACGAAACAUUGGAUAUAAGAAUAUGUUACAGAUAUAUUUAUAUAACGUAUAUAUUAAAAUAAAUAUAAAAUACAAUUAUCCUCAA